UCCCCCUUUCUCUCUAAAACUUGUCCUUUCCCAUCACUCUUUCUCAAUUUUGGAAUCUUCAGGGAGCUCGAGAUUUCAGUUUUAGCUAGAAAAGUAUCGAUCUUUAGGGGGUUUCUUAGAUCUCUCUACUCAAUUACUGAUCCAACUGCUCUCAGGUUACUGUAAAAUUAGGGUUUCGAUCGAUUCGGAAGCUCCAAAGUAUCGAUUUUUUUAGGGAGGGCUUUUCAAUUACAGAUCGAAUUGCUGCGAAAUUAGCGAUUAGAUUGAUUCUGGGUGGUCGAGAUUUCACUCGCUUAGCUAGAAAGUACCGAACUUUGUGGUGAUCAUUGUGCCUCCGUUAACAUGGAAGACGGCGAGCUCGAAUUCUCGAACAUGGGAGUGUUGUUACCACCAACCACCACUUGCUCAAUGGACACUUUCUUCGACGACCUUCUCAUGAUGGACUCCUCCAACGCCGCCUGCACCCACACCCACACAUGCAACCCCACAGGCCCAGAGAACAACGCCCACACUCACACCUGCUUCCACGUCCACACCAAGAUCCUCCCCGAGGACAACGACGACAGCGACGACAAGGUCUUCUCCACCGACGACACGGCCGAGUCCUGCGGUAAGAAGGGGGGAGACAACAAGAGGCCGUCGUCGUCAGGGAACAGGGAAGCCGUCAGGAAGUACAGAGAGAAGAAGAAGGCGAAAGCCGCUUCCUUGGAGGACGAGGUGGCGAGGCUCACGGCUGUGAAUCACCAGCUGUUGAAGAGGCUGCAGAGUCAGAGUGCCUUGGAGGCUGAGGUCUCGAGGCUUAAGUGUUUGCUUGUGGAUCUGAGAGGGAGGAUUGAUGGGGAGAUUGGGUCUUUUCCUUACCAGAAACAACCCAAUGUUCCUUCUUUCUCUCAUAUGAUGAUGAAUCCUUGUAAUGUGGAGUGUGGUGAUGAUGAGGUUUAUUGCCUUCAGGAUGGGUUUGGCCAAGGAAUCAAUGAGCAAGGUUUGAGUGGUUGUGAGUUUGAGCAGUUGCAGCAGUGUGCGGUGGCUGAUCAGAACUUAGGAAACGGAUCUUCGCUUAACAGUAGUGCCAAUGUAUCUGCCUCCAAUAAGAGGAAAGGUGGGCAUCGUGCACGAAAAGCAGCUUGAACCACCAUGAAGCUUUUGUACCAUCAUCUAUUUACAUAAGGAUAUACAUAUUGUAUUUCCAAAUAAGUUGUAGAGUUUCAGCUGCAUCAUCAGCUUUUACUCAGGUUAUUUUUGCUUUUUUUUUUUUUUUUUAACUUUUAAUUUCCGAUACCGUUUCUGAAAGUAGAGUUUUUACAACAUUUAAACAACAAGAUAUAACUUUAGAAAUGCAAUCAUGAAACACAGUUGAAGCAAUCUUCCUUUU